AUGAUGUCGAUGUUCGCCAGAGGCCGCGUGCUGUUACUGCCUAAAUGUCUCAGACGACCUGUUCAGUCGUCUCUCUUCUGCACCACGGGUCGGCGAUGUCGCGACUUGGAAUCUUCCCGGAGCGUAUAUUACGAGUCUAAGUACGCAGUAAAGCUGCAAAAGCGUGCACAGGAGCAAGAUAAAACCGUCUCCCAAUUGCGUACAGAAAUCCAGGAGCAAGAAAUGGAGAAGCGGAAACAAAGCCUGGCUGCCGCAUCGCAGAAGGAGAAGACGCCGAGUGCGUCUGGGGUACGCGCGAGCGGCAGCGCCUCCUCAGAGAAGUUCUCUGAGCAGACGCCCGGGUUUGUUGCACGGAAGGACGGUUCCCCCGUCAAGCCUCUCAACAGCAUUCUAAACUUGCAGCGACUCUUCUCGGCUCCUCAUACGACAGAGCAACUCUCUAGACUUUGGCAGGCCUAUCAUAAUUCUCGAUCUGGAGGUACUGGGCGUGGCUUCCUCUCUGCUGUAAUCCCGGCCGAUAAGUAUCGGAAGAUGCUGGACGUUGCCACGCGAUACCCCAGAUUUGUCGUGCCAUUGCCAAGGGAUAACGCGGUGACCGACUCAAAUGAGCGGGCGUACGAGUUUUUCCUCAUGGAGUGGGGCUUCUAUGGUUCACCGCCAGAACCUUCGACAAGCAGCGAGCUGUUUGCCUCUCCACAACCGUCCGCCAACCCGCAGACGUCGACGGUGCUCUUCACACCUCUUCAGGAAUAUAAGCUUCGCUCCUCCUUCGCCACUCCGCACCUCGUCCUGACGCACUACACCGACCUAGCGCAAUCACACGGACUUGUACUCUUGCGAGGGGAGAUCACUCCGACAUCUAGAUCUUCCGCUGCUGGUGGCGGUGAAGCUGAUGGACGGUACUUGCUGAGCCAGGAAGACGCGCAGAUUUUGGCGGUCGCGGUGCAACGAUUUUAUUUGUGGGCGGAAGGGGAAAACGAAAGAACUGCUCUGCUGCAGAGAUUCCAUGACAGUUCGGAAAAUUUCAAGUGGGAGGAGUUGUUGAAGCACAUGGAGUAUUCGUUGUGA